AUGGUAGGUUGUUCCAUGUCAAUAGCUAUGGAGCUAUUUAUUGGACCAGAUCGUCACCAGCCGUUUGACACAGAUGGCACCAUUCCUUCCAACCAUCUACACAACUUUGAACACUCAUUCAUUUCCCUGACCUUUUUGGUCUAUGCUGCCUUUGCGAUACUACUAGACAAGUUUGUACCCAAAGCCCAAUACGAGUUGACUCAGUUGCUUGCAGGUAUUGCCUUUGGGCAACAACUCCUCCUCUUCCACCUCCACUCAGCUGACCACAUGGGUGUUGAAGGACAAUAUCAUAUGCUUCUACAAAUACUAAUUCUUAUUUCUUUAAUUACCACCCUUAUGGGCAUUAGCUACCAGAAAAGCUUCAUGGUUAGCUUCAUAAGGUCCAUUAGCAUAUUCUUUCAAGGUCUUUGGCUCAUGGUCAUGGGUUUCAUGCUUUGGACUAGAAGCUUGAUUCCUAAAGGUUGUUUCUUGAACCUUGAAGAGGGUCAUCAUGUGGUCAGGUGCCAUGGGGAAGAAGCCUUAGAACGCGCUAAGUCAUUGGUGAAUAUUCAAUUUAGCUGGUAUCUAAUCUGCGUGAAAAUCUUUGCUGUCUCGCUUUACUUGGUCAUGUAUAAAAUCUACGAGGAGAAAGUUGAGUACCAAACACUAACAAGUUACGAUAAAGAACAAAUACAUGAAGAUAUCGAGGCUCAAAGGAAACUCGACGAAUCACAGAGCUUUCUUCAAAUGCAGAAAUCUUUUUCUCCACUUGACAUGGAAAGGUAG